ACCCAGUGCCGGCUGUCGUAGCAGGCAUUGGUUUGGCACGGUGGCGCCGACUGUUGUGGAUCUGGGGCAGUGUCCACCAAGAUUCCGCGGCUUCAGUUCUCACUACAGUACCCAAGUUCCCGCAGUCCGUGAGGAGCGGUGUGCGCUUGCCUCGUCCCAGAGUCUAGUUUGGUUUGAUACUGCCUCCUUCCCCCGACCUUGCAUCUUCACUCCCCGUUUUGAUCUAACCCUGUACCUUGGGACGGCCCCGGGAGCCAGACUCCCGCCACAGAGUAUGAGCAGGAGCUUGAGCUGGUCUGAGCAGCUCGAUGUGCUUCUCCAAGCAACGGAUAGAAAUGUGGCCCGGAUUAAGCAGCGGCUAUAUCCCUUCGAAGUCACCACUACAGGGAACCUAGCUGGGACCUGGACUUCCCCUCCUCACUUGCUUCCCCAGUCAGGGGUGCCUGCUCAGCUUCCUUGGGUUCUGAAGACCCCUGAUGUCCCAGAGAGGCGGAGCUGGACUGAAAGCCACAGCGGGUCCUCUCUCUGGGAUGAAAUCGCCGUCCUCCGAUCCCAGCUUCAGGCUCAGGCUCAGGUGACUGAGACACUACGGCAGGCUGUCCAGGGUCUGAUGGAAGAACGAGAACAGCAAAAACUCAAGAUCAGUGCCCUGGAAGUAUCACUAAAGUUGCUGAAGGGGAGCCGGGAAGAGAGGACCCUUCUCUUGGAUCAACGGUUUGACAUGCUGAAAAGGGACCUGCAGGGCCUUCGGAGCCAGGUGCAAGAGCAGGCCCAAGCCCAAGGACAAACAGGACCAGGAAAGUGCAGUCAUGCCAACAGGGGGCUUUCCCAGCAGCAGUCGGAGCGGCAGCUGCUGUGGGAGGAGUCAGAGAUUCUGCGGGAGGAACUGAAGUUGGUGCGGGACCAGCUGAGCCAGCAUCAGGAGCUACUCCUAAAACAGAUAGCUGAGGGGCGGCAGGCCCAAGUCCGUAGCUGGAAGAUGUUAGAACAGCUGCAAAGUGACCACAAGGAUCACGCCCUGGAGGUCGCCAUGACAGAGAUCCAGGACACCUGGCAGGAGCACGACUUCCUCAGGACCUCGGACCACGUCCUCCAGUAUAAGCUGUCCCCGACCACUGCCUUCACCAGCUCAGAAGUCCAUCUUGCAGAUGGUCUCCCAGGGAGCACCCUUCCUAACCUGGAGCCCAGCAGCCUUCAGCUCCAGGGCCAGGGUCUUAAGCAAGUGGACUCAUUCCUUCAAGGUUCCAAGAUGCUCCUGAGUGACCUGUAAGGACUUGAAGGAGUGGUGGGAUGAAGCUUUCCAUGUCCACCCUUCCCUCCAAGACUCUGUUUCUGGGCCCCCUGCCUCUUCUUGUGAACAGGUGCCUGCUUUUUCUGCUGGGGCUCCUCACUGCCUGUCCAUCUCUGCUCCCUAACUGCAAUAAAGCAGCUUUCCCUCCCUGCUGUGUUUUCUGUGACAGCCCCAUGUGGGAUAGAUUCAGUAUGUCCUUUCUGCCACCCCUUACUUGAUGGUUUCCAGUAACAUCUACCUCUGAGAUUCAGGUUCACAGAGGUAGAUGGGCACUUUCUGAAUACCAGUUCAGGUGUAGUUGGAAAAAGGAGUGAGUGCCUGUUCUGGUAAGUAGAUGGAGGUCGGAUGCUACUCGGGUGCAGUAGUGCUGUUGGGGAUGUCAGAGAAGGGGGCUUUCUGGCAGACUCUGA